AUGGCUGGAGCUACAAAAACUCAGCGCACCAGCGCUCUGCGACAAGCACCCCCCAAAGGCCAAAAGCCUGGCAAGAUCACCAAGAAGUUCAUCAUCAACGCCUCCCAGCCCGCCUCAGACAAGAUCUUCGACGUUUCCGCCUUCGAGAAGUUCCUCCACGAUAAGAUCAAGGUCGACAACCGCGUGGGUAACUUAGGCGACACGAUCCAAAUUAGCCAGCAGGGUGAAGGGAAGAUUGAGGUCAUUGCGCACACUCAAUUCUCCGGGAGAUACCUCAAGUACUUGACAAAGAAGUUUCUCAAGAAGCAACAGCUGCGAGAUUGGCUCCGUGUGGUCUCCACAUCCCAGGGUGUCUACGAGCUGAGGUUCUUCAAUGUGGUGAAUGAUGCAGAUGAGGAUGACGACGAGUAA